CACGAUACGAGGCACCAUAGGCUGGUGGUGUUUGUCCGUGCUGCAUGCACGAAUAGGUAAGGUAGGCACUUCCAUACAACACUUGCGUGCUUUGAACAUGGACCAUCAAAGCCUCCCAAGCCUCCCCAGUGUGCCGGAAACAAACCAUUGAGAGGCGUGGGUCGGGCCAACAAUUAUAGCAGCACCAGGACAAGCACAAGCACCAGCACCAGCAGCAUGGAAAACAAGCUUAGCAAGCCGCUGCUUGAGGUGCCUUGCCUGACCCCUGCCCUGCCUGCCACUUGGUCCCCAUCUCUCCCGCUGAUGAGACAAGCGCGCGGCCCUGAGUGAGGUGGGACCCCCCCUCCCGUCCGCCCCUCCAAGUCGUCCAACGCACACAACAAGGAAGCACAGGAGGCCACAACAACCCAACCGUCGGGCCGUCCACAGUCGCCAUCCCCGCUCCGAUCUGGGUGAUUCACUGGUAUCGUUGCGAACAUCCCUGAUUGACAGACAGACAGACAGGCAGGCAGGCAGGCAGGCUUCGCGGCAGAUACGCCAGUUUGAGACAUGGACCAGCCCGCUGUCAAGCGACCCAGCUGAUGUCUCGAGGGUCUCAAUCUGACUCCUGAACCUUGCCUAUAUAGCAACAAGUCCUCGUAGAAGGCUGCCGAGGACAUCGUCAUGGCCUCCCCUCCGCCGCUCCCGCCCCGUGCCUCAGGAGCAACGGACCACGCACCGCAUGCCGGCUCGACGUCUCCAGACCACCUCGAGCUCCUUCACGGCGAUCCCCGCAGCUCCUCGACGCAGUCCUUGGUGCCCUCCCUCACCGAGCCCCAUGCACGCCGGACAUUGCUCGUCGUUUACAUUCAUGGCUUCUACGGCAAUGACCAGUCUUUCAGAUCCUUUCCGGCUCACGUCCAUGCCUUGCUGCGCACUUUACUUGCAGACUCCCAUAUGAUCCAUUCCAAAAUCUACCCUCGUUACAAGACAUACAAGGCCAUAGAGGUAGCCCGCGAUAACUUUAGCGCCUGGCUCGAGCCGCACGAGUCUCCGACCACUGAUGUCAUUCUCGUUGGGCACUCGAUGGGUGGUUUGCUCACCGGAGAGGUGGUCCUCAUGCCCAAUAAGAGUCCCUACCAUCAACAGGCCUUCAAGCACAAGAUUAUAGGAACUCUGUCUCUGGACUCCCCUUUCCUAGGUCUUCACCCUGGUAUCGUUGUGUCGGGCAUCUCUAGCCUGUUUCAGCCAGCCGCAAAAUCAUCUGAUGAAGCCCACGACGGUGCGCCGUCGUCCCCUCCGUCGAUUCCCGCAUCACCGGCCCCGACACCGUCGAUGGAUUCACACCUCGACUCUGCCGCCUCCUCCUUCACAUCUUCAUCAAUGCGGCGCAACGACGACCCCCACUAUGACCCUCCUUAUUGGAACGAUGAACCCUUUAGAGAACGCCCAUUCUUUAAGCGCAUCGCCAACUUUGCCUCGAAGCACAAGUCAGAGGGUAUCUUCCACGCCGUCAGAAAUCAUGUCGUCUCCCACCUCGAGUUUGGCGGCUGCCUUGCCGACUAUCGUAGCCUGAUCACGAGAUACAAUAGACUGCGCGCACUGGAAAACGUCGAUGAGGUGCAGGCAAUUAGCGAUGGCCAUCCAUCGGCGGCAUACGCGAGGGUGCGCUUCGCAAACUACUAUACCUUGUCCUCGGGUCGGCCAAAGGUGCCGAAGGCGCCGUCGCCGGGUGCAUCUUGCUCAGAUGACUUGGAUCCAGGCAGCCCAAGUCUUCUGGGCGAGGCUGCUCCAGGGUCUGAGAUGGACUCACCCGAGGUAUCGAAAGAGCCGCACCAAACGAUAUCGCUUCUAGAUAUAGAGGUAGAUAGCCGCCGCGCUUCGGGUUCCAGCAUCUCAACCCCGCGAAUUUCCAUCGAAGCUCCCGCGGACGAAGAGCCCGAAUCGCCCUCUUCACGAGGACAAAACCAGUCAAGCAGCUUGGACGGAGGGGUUCUCGACGAUGUUCCCCCACCACGCGAACUGGCUCGCAUUUCAAUGUUGUCCAUGCAAGACGUUGACCCGAUUCCAAUGGCGGAUGACCCAGAUCUCGAGCCGAGGUCUGACCCAGAGCCACGUCUUGAGACCGAACCAGACCAGUUAGUACUUCCACCAAUUCCCGAGGAACCGCAGCAGCCUACUUUGCCAGACCUGGUCGCCCUUACCGACAAAGACGCUCGCAAGCAGGCGGAGAAAGAGGCGAAACGCAUGCAAAAGAACUACGCUCAGGCUGUCAAGGAUCGUGCCAAGGCCAUCCGCGAGCGUGACAAGCUUCUCGAGAAGCGGCGCAAAAGGGCACAAAAAGACGCAGACAAAAUGGAGAAGAAGGCGCAAAAGGAACAGAUGCGCCUGGACAAGGAGGAGAAGAAGAAACUCGAGGAGGCCAAGCAAGCUGUCGAGGGCCAUGCCGGGAACCCCGUUGUCGGCACGUAUGUCGACGACACCGCAAUGGCCCGAGGCGUGAUCGAUGAGCCCGCCGCGGCAGUGGAUGGCGGCGACAAGCCAAAGAAACUGCGCAAGUUCUGCAAUCUGCCUGGCAAAACGAACGGCGUGCCUGACACGACGUGGGUGGACGUGUACAUGGACGGCAUGGACGAGGUAGGCGCUCACUGUGGACUGUUUGCGCCCGGGCCGCACUACGAGAAGCUGGUCGGCGACGUUGGGAGCCGCAUCGUGGGCUGGAUUCACGAUGACAUGACCAAAAGGGCCAUCUUGGAGGCGCAGUAGCCGACCGAGGCGGGCAGAUUUUAGCUGUCGCCUAUGGGGAGAGACUGUAAUGCUGCGAAAAGGGCCAUGUAUGUGGUGGUCGGGAAAGCGGACGAGGGGAUGAGCAAACCGGUUCAAAUCAACGCUGGGAUACCCUUUCUUACUGCAAACAUGCGCCCCCCGCGUGCUAGUACAAGGCCAAAUCCGCGUGUGACUAGCUCUGUCUCUGUGUAACGGUCGUAUCAUUGGUCUGUAGUUUUCGUCGUGCAUUGUAUAUCAGCUGGUGGUACAAGAAAGCCAAAGCG